AUGCUCCCCUUCCCGCGUGGCCUCAGGAAGGCGCGUCGAGCCUCUCUCACCGUCGUCAACCAUUCACCAGGGAAGACACACACGUGCACCCGGUCGACAUCAUCGUCCUCGUCCCCCAAGAGGCGGCAGCAGUCGUACCCGCCUCGGUCCUCGCCACCGAGGUCGGUCCGUUUGUUCGGGUCCGCCGACACAGACGCAGCGUGGACCUUUGCCCGCCUCACCCUGCGGGCCGUUGUCGCGAACGAGCUGGGCUUCCCCUCCAGCUCCUCUAUCAUGAGGGUGACGGCAUUUUCGCGCCCCGGAGGUAUCCUGCUCCGCCCGCCGCAGGCGAACCACCUUCCGACUGGCCUCCACGGUCCGGCAGCUGAUCGUACAUGUAUGUGA